ACCUGUCUCAUAUUGGUCUAAAAGUGACAUUAAAAGAGGAGGGAAGCUCAUCUCUUUGGCUUCUUUGUGGCCACCUGGGUUCUUUCUGCUGCAGCUGAACGUUCUUUUUCACUCGAAACACAGUGGCGUCGCACUACGAGAGAAGAACGGGAUAUAAGAGGUAUUUUUACUGACUCGGCCGUACUGAGCUGUUCGCGUCCUCGCCGCUCGUUUGUCCCCCCCCCCGCCGGCUCGGCAAAUGGGCGUCACUUCCUUCAUUUAGCUGCCGUGGUCAGUCAGCUCUCUGCAGGCGGCCAGGCAGAGGGGCGGAGGGGGUGGGGGGUUGUCGGCUCUGCCCUCCUCCCAGCAAACACGCGAGCCGACCCACCCAUCCCCCCUCACGGCCUCACGCUCCCGUGCUGCCGGGCAGUAGGAAGAGUUACGGCGUCAGACCUGCGUGUCACACUCCUCUGCGCCCGUGGCCUCCCUGCUCGCACCGGCGCCGGCUGUGAAGGCAUCUGUCACCAUGGAGACCCCGUCCAGGACAGACUCCUCUCCCUCGGAGUGUGAGCAAGGAGAGGUAGCAGCAACGGAGGUGACGGGACGGGACAUGGAGGACGUGGACGUCCUGGAAGAGGACACUGAGAAGGAGGCCGGGGAGGAAGUUGUAAAGGAUGAGGAGGCGGGGAAACGGGCUGCCGGGGAGCUGGCGACUCAGCGGAAGCUCCUGGCCAUCGAGGAGCUGGUGCUCACCGAGAGGAACUACCUGAGGCACCUCCGGCUCUGCUCCGUCACCAUCCGGAGCAACCUGCAGAAGGUCCAGCCGCCGCUGGCGAACCUGGACACCAUGUUCCUGCACAUCCAGGAGGUGAUGGACGUCUCGGAGCGACUGCUCACUCUGCUGGACCGGGGCCAGCCCUCGAACCCGGGCUUCCUCAGCCUCCUGUGCGACGCCUUCCUGAGCCUGAGGACGGACAUGGAGGCCGCCUACAGGGAAUAUCUGGCCGGCUACGGCAACGUCACGGCGCUGGAGAACAGCUACAAGCAGAAGGAGGCCGUGUGGCAGGAGGUCGUGAAGGUGGUGAAGGCCUCGGCGCCGGAGGUGAACGCCUCGUCUCCGACCUUCUUCCUGGUGAUGCCGGUGCAGAGGAUCGCCCGUUACCCGCUGCUCCUGCAGACCAUCCAGAAGCACACGGACCCCCGGGACCCGGCCUACCUGGCCCUGGAGGACGUCGCCCGCAUCGCCGUGGACAUGAACUGCAAGAUCAAUGAGUAUAAGCGCUUCCGCGAAGUCGCGGACAAGUACAAGAAAACGGAGACCUUGAGCAUAAGGGACAAGAUCAACCGGCUGAACGGACACAGCAUCGCCAAGAAGACGGCGCGACUUGGCCAGUUCCUCAAGCACGAGACGGGCAUUGUGCCCAAGGUAAUAGACGAAGAGUUUGAUGCCCUGGCAGGUUUCUUCUGUGUCCUGGAGAGAGGGAUCACAGACCUGCAUGAAAACGUGGAGAACUUCCUCGGUCACCUGCAGGCGUUCCUCGCGUGCCGGCCGGAGGAGCGAGACCUGGACCUGGGGAGCGACAGGGGUGUUGUGAGCUACAGGGAGAUCACAGCGGCUCUCAAGCAAUGGAUCUACCCCACCUUCGAGCGCAGGGUCCGAACGCUGGUCCACAGGCCCCUGUGCUCCCUCCGCGAGAUGCUGGCCGGACCGCGCAACCUCAUCCGGAAGCGGCUGGACAAGCUGCUGGACUACGAGGCGCUGGGCGAGAAGAGCGGCCUGAGCUACGAGGAGCAGGCCGUGGCGGGGGCCUACCGCACCAUCAACGCCCUCCUGGUGGCCGAGCUGCCCCAGUUCAACGGCACCGCCCUGCAGCUGCUCUGGGGCAUCCUGGGAGCCUUCAGCUGUCUCCAGCGGGAUCUGGCGGCCGACACGGAGCAGCUGUUCGCCAGCUACACGCACGAGCUUCCUCACAGCCUGCUGGAGCCCAGUGCAUUCUGGGAGUGGGCGUCGGCCGCGGUGUGCGAAGAGGCAAAGAGGCUGGACGCCAUCUUCCAGAAUGUGCAAGAGGAGCUCAAUGCCCCCAUUGUGCAGCCCCUCAGCCCCUCCUCUCAGAGGCGCCUCCAGGUGCUGAUGGAAAGGCACAGCCCCGAGAAGAUCUACCAGCUCACACGCCAUGUGGUGGGCAGCCGUGAGCUGGACCUCACACUGCAGAGGGGCGAGCUGGUGGCCCUCGUGAGCGAGAUGGACACGCGUGGCGAUCGGCGCCGCUGGCUUGUGGAUGCUGGAGGGCCCAGGGGGUACGUGCCAUCCUCCAAGCUGGUGCGCUAUCGCCAGGUAACCAAAGAGGUGCCACCUUCUCCGCAUUUCACCACCGCAGUCGGCAGGGAAGCGAUCCGGAGGCACUCGUACUCCCCCGAGUCGCAUCCCUUCGUCACCAUGGCGAUGCCCUGCUUCCAGGUGUUCGCGGGCUAUGACUUCACGGCACGCAGCCACCACGAGGUCACCCUGCGAUCCGGCGAGCCGGUGAAGGUCCUCGAACCCCACGACAAGCGGGGCAACCGGGACUGGAGCCUGGUGGAGGUCCGUGGCCGGCGGGGGUACGUGCCAUCCAACUACCUGGCCGUGUUACCCUCCGUGGUAGCCCCUCCCACAGCCCCUUUCUGCUAGACCGUCCCCAAGACCGUCUGGCUCCGCCUCUGCUUCUGGCCCCACCUCUGUUUCAAUGUGUGGACUGUGAAGACAACUAACUGACAGGGUUGGGGUUGUGGCGCUUGUCCUCCUGGAGUGGCCCUGUUUGAGAUGAGAUGAGAUGAGAUGAUUGCUGGUCCUGCUUUGAAACAGGUCCUGCUGAGCUGUCUUGCUGGGCCCGCGAGGCCCUGGAUCGGCCUUCGUUUGCAUGCUGCGACCCCGGUUCGCUCCCACGGGAACGUUAACGGAUUCACUACCGCCUCGCCCCAUUACUCAGCUGCUUUUUCACCGGCUGCACCGAGUGCCCAAGGGUUCGAACGUUUCCGAUUCUCCUGCAAACAACGUCGAUUUCCAUCAUGGCUGUGGUCGCUAGGGCAGGGAGUCAUAAACUUCACUGAAACGGUCGAAGAUGGCAGUCAGCAUUUGGAAGUUGGACGCGUGGAAUUAUUUUUAGUGGCUUGGAUGUAAACAUAAUUGUUGGAACAAAAGAACUUGAACGGCGGUCGCUGUGCACCAACAGCAUUUCCCCGCAUACUCUGAUCUGAUGGAACGCCAUUCCCUGUGGCAAACACCUUUCCCCUCAAGCUCCAGUCGAGUACCUCGGAGACUCUUCUGUGCUGUUGGCACUGGUGUAAAGUCACAGCAACAAUGCAAGAAGAGAGCAUCCUCCCUGGGGUUCUGUUUUUGCUCGUGUAUUGUGCCGCUCUUCCACUAGGGGGCAGCGCACACCCCUUCAUUACCGCAAUCAGUAUUAUUCCCAUCCUCCUGUGUUGUGCAGCUUUAACAGCAAGAAAUAUUCAUAUUCACCUCAUGAUUGACCUUCUCUGCUGUGACUGGAAUGCCAAAGUGUGUGCUUAGUGCGCAUGUCUCAUUCACUGUACCCCUUUACUGUACAACUUAUUUAAGCUGUUUACUCCACGUUGCAAAGGCAGUUUUCUCCAUUUUCACUGAAAUGGGGCGACGUUUGAUGUCGUUCUUAAUUGCCAAAGAAGCUAAACAGUGUUUCAUUGCACCGUUUGCAUAAAUGAAGGUCUGUUUUCGGCUGUCGAAUGCUUGAUAAAAAAGGCCGAUCGAUGUGAAGGAUGACGGUCUGAGCUAAGGGAGCCGAACGAACGCAAUCUUACUCUGUUUUUUGACAUUUAUUAGGCUGGUUCAGUUUUUGUUGUUUGCACACAUUACUUUAACCUGACUUUUGUUUCAAGUGCCAUGGUAAUGCAAUAUGCAGGACGGCGUUCUGUUCCCCGGACAGCGCAUCCACUCAGCACCCGCCCGCACUAACACAUGAGCUGAAGGCGGCCCACUGCCAGGCAGAAAAUGUAAACUUCCUGGUGCGUCUGAUGUUCUGGAGUGAGAGAUCUGAAAGUGCUAUAAAUAAAUUCUUCUCUUCGAUGAGCUAAAAAUAGCUGUUUGGUCAAGCUGCUGGUGGGAGGACCCCUGUGGUUGAGUUCCCCCUGCUGGACACUCCUGUAACUGCAGCAGGAUUGGUGGGCAUCCUGGAUGUGGUGGUGGUGGUUUUUGGGGUGGGUGGGAGCUUUGCCACUGGCCCAGUGAAGACUAGAUCUGCAUGGGGAACUCCGGCUAAAACUCCGGGGAGCGAAAGCACAGUUUACUUUGGGAAAACAGCAGCGGAAAAGGGAGCACCUCCUGAGCUCAAGGGACAGGGCAAACCGAUCCGUUACCGGGAUGGGUGGGGUGGACAAGGCAGACGUCCACCGAGAGACGCCGAGUGAGGCCACGUUCAAAUUUUCAUGCAAGUUCUCAAGAACGGAAGGGACGAGUGGCGUUUCCUGUGAAAGCAGCCAUGACCGACGUCCGGCGUCUCAGAACCGAGCGCUCAUUUGUGUCGCGUGGCACGUGUGUGAACCGCUUCCUUCCAGCCCUUCAGACGCACGUUAACCUUUCCGUAGGCAGACAGGUUUUAUGAUUUAUUUAUUGAAUAAAAAUUUUGA